UGCUCGCACAGCACCAGUCGCCUCCGCAGCGCGGACACAGUCGCACGGCCGCAGCCAGCAGAGCCGCGCUGUGCGGGGCAUCGCUGCGCACCGCGUCCGCGGACCACCCCGAACGGGCGCCAGAGCUACUCGCAACGCUUCAUUUCUGAAAAAGGAAAUGAAACCAGAGACAGAGGGAAGCUGAGCGAAAAUAGAGCUUCCCGAGAGAGGAGGGAGCCGGGGAGAGAGGCACGGUCCCCUCCCCGCCCGCAGGCCGCCGCCCCCUCCCGGCCCUCGGCGGCGAGCUGCGCACCGCGCCGCGACCCGGGCCGAAGGGAGCGCGGUGACUGUCCUUGAGCGCGGAGGGGCGAGCUCGCCGCCGGAGCGCCGGAGCAAGAGGAGGCGCAGGAGCGGCGGCGGCGGCGGCGCCCGAGCACCCGAGGGGGUCCGAGCCCCAGCAGCCUGCCAGCCCCGCGCCACAAAGGGAGCGCCCCCGACACCCGGCACACCACCUCCCUCCCCAAUGUCCUCGGCCAUCGAGAGGAAGAGCCUGGACCCCUCGGAGGAGCCAGUGGAUGAGGUGCUGCAGAUCCCCCCAUCCCUGCUGACAUGCGGUGGCUGCCAGCAGAACAUCGGGGACCGCUACUUCCUGAAAGCCAUCGACCAGUACUGGCACGAGGACUGCCUCAGCUGUGACCUCUGUGGGUGCCGACUGGGAGAGGUGGGGCGGCGCCUCUACUACAAGCUGGGCCGGAAGCUCUGCCGGAGAGACUAUCUCAGGCUUUUUGGCCAAGAUGGUCUCUGUGCAUCCUGUGACAAGCGGAUCCGGGCCUAUGAGAUGACAAUGCGGGUGAAAGACAAAGUGUAUCACCUGGAAUGUUUCAAAUGUGCCGCCUGUCAGAAGCACUUCUGUGUGGGCGACAGGUACCUCCUCAUCAACUCUGACAUAGUGUGCGAACAGGACAUCUACGAGUGGACUAAGAUCAAUGGAAUGAUCUAGGCCAGAGUCCCCCAGUGUCUUUGGGGAGGUGUUUUGCUGAAGUCAUUGUCUCCAUAGGGUCUUCACUCUUAAUCACUUUGGGGGUUUGAGGGUGGGAUGAGGCAUUUCUUAGGGGAUGGUAGACCCUCACUGGGCACCAAAACACAGCAUCCAGGUGACAUAAUGCAAGGGGCAAGACUUACUGUGGACUUGAGUUCAGACUUUAGGAGAACUUACAAUGGCCACAGCCUGUCUGUAACAGCUGACUCAGUUAGUGAAGGAAAGGGCCUCUAGGGGGGUAGGCAGGUGCUGUGCCAUCCUGACAGAACUUCACAUUUACUGAGAGGGAGUUGUCUCAUGACUUGUUAGGACUUUGGCCCUUGAAAACUAGAGAUGUGCAAUUGAUUUCUUUUCUUUCUGGCUUCUAUGACAACCCUGUUCCAAUCGCUGUCCACAUUAGGGAAGGACAGAGCAAAGAAUGGCCAUCCUUUCUUUCUUGGCCACCUUCCCAAGGCCUUACGCUUUGGAUCCAAGGGAAACUGCAUGGAGACACCUUUCAGUUGGGACUGGAAACUACAACUUUCAACCAAACAAUAAUUUAAAGCAAUGCUGAUGAAUCACUGUUUUUAGACACCUUCGUUUGGAGGUGACAAGUUCCACAGAUUGUUUCUAUACAAAUGUAAAUCUUAAAAAAAGUUGUUCAACUAUUUUAUUAUCUUAGAUUAUAUCAAAGUAUUUGCUGUGUGUAGUUAAAGAAAACUCUGAGGACAAUAAAAAUAACAGAUGAAAA